AUGGCGCAAGACUACAAUGAGUACCUUGCUGUGCAAGUGCUCAACGAGCAGCAGUUCAUCAGCUACCGCAACUUGAGCAGAGCAUUGAAAGUCCACAGUAAUCUCGCGAAACAGAUGCUGUUCGACUUUCACCGCAAGCAGAACAGCAAGAAGCCCGGCAGCGUCCACGCAACCUACAUUCUCAGCGGCACGAAAACGAUCGCCCAAACGAGCCCGGUGCAAAGCCAGAGUCAGCAGGAUGGGGACGACAGUAUCCUGCAGAGCAGUCCGCUGCUACCGAGCAGCUCGAUGCAGCCGCAAGACCACGAGUCGGAGGCUAUCGUUCGCAUGCACUCUGUGAUGUUGGUACGGGAGGAGCAUCUCGAAGAAGCACGGAAGCGGUUUGAAAGCAUUUCCGGAAUACACAUCUACAGUCUACAGCCAAGCACUGUCGGAGAUAUACAAGUCUUGACAGACUGCAACAGACGGGUCGCCGCCGAGCAUGCUGGAGAAGAUCCGAUGAAGGAGUGGAAGCAGUACGGUGUUAUACAGAACAAGGAGGUUAGGAGAAGGGCAAAGGGCGGUGUGCCACCGAAAGUCGUUGCUCCUGCGAAGCCUGCGGCCGCGAAACCCGCCUCUGCGAAAGCCGCAGCGCCAGCUGCAUCGUCCAGAGCAGCCACGCCCUCCGCAGAGGCCAAACCCGCCGAGAAGAUUGUGCCCGCCAGCAAGUUCGAUACGACCAGGAAGCCUGCAAAGAAGAACGACUCCAGCAUCUUCAAGUCGUUCGCCAAAGGAACCGCCAAUGCUAAACGAAAGGCGGAGGAGUCCCAAGAGGCAGCCGCGGCUGCGGAGAAAGAAGACGUAGCAAUGGGCGGCUUUUCCGAUGAUGAUGACGACGAUGCAGGCUCCGGCCUUCCUGAAGAGCUAGCAGAAGUCAAAGAACCCACGGGAGAGUCGAAGAACGAUCGGAAAGCCAGGCUCGAGGCUAUGAUGGACGCUGAGGAUGAGGAGAUGGAAGACCGUAGGGCGACGCCAGGUACAGCAACGCCCACCGAGGCAAAGGAAGAGCCGACAGAGACGUUGACAGUCGAGAAUGGACGGAGAAGAGGUCGCAGGAGGGUCAUGAAGAAAAAGACCGUCAAGGACGAGGAUGGAUAUCUUGAGGCUGUAUGGGAGUCGUUCUCUGAGGAUGAGCCGGCACCCAAGAAGGCUAAGGUGCAGGUGGCCGCGAGCACCAAGGCUGUCAAGAAGGGCGGAAAGCCCGGACAAGGAAACAUUAUGUCAUUCUUUGGAAAGAAGUAG